AUGAGCGCGAUCACGUGCUACCGAUGCAGGCGACCGGGGAACAUCGCGGCAGACUGUCGCGCGCAAGUCGUGCACGACGACGAGACACCCGCGGAGGUUAAUGGCGAUAGCACGAUCCUCGCGCUGACCGAGAAACGCAACAGGAAGAAGAAGGGCUCGCGCGACAAGGACGCCGCAGCGAGCGAUGCAAGCGACAGAGAGAGAUCAUGGACGACUCAUGCGGAUUCGUGCUUGCGACGAGCGACGAAGCACGAGCCAUGGACGGCACCCGUGGCUUCGAGCUAG